AUGCAUGCCGUCGUACCACUCCCAUCAGAGAGACGCCUCUCAAAUGAAGUCAAGCCCGAAGAGCAAUUGACCAACGUCAAGACCGAGAACGGUUCUAUCGGAGAGAAGUCAACACACAGCCAAAACUCGGGAAAGUCAACAACCACCCUCGAGUCCCUGAGAGCCGAAGUCAACUCUGAUCUCGAGGCUGAUGGCCACAACACUACCUAUGAUCGCAAAGCGAAAGUCAUCAACAAGGCUAUUCAAGACAUGGGUAUGGGCAGAUACCAGUGGCAGCUUUUCGUCCUCUGUGGUUUCGGCUGGAUGGCCGACAACCUUUGGCUCCAAGGUGUCGCCUUGACACUGGAUCCCAUCGCCGCUGAAUUCAACGUUGGUAGCAACGAAGUUCGCUACACAACUCUCGCCCUCUUCACCGGUCUCUGCAUUGGUGCCAGUUUCUGGGGUGUCAUCUCCGACAUUAUCGGUCGUCGCUACGCUUUCAACACCACUCUCUUCCUUGCCGGUUCCUUCGGUCUCGCCGCUGGUGGUGCCAACAGCUGGAUCGCCGUUUGUGCUCUUUACGCCUGUAUUGGACUCGGUGUUGGCGGUAACCUUCCUGUCGAUGGUGCCCUUUUCCUCGAAUUCCUUCCUGGCGAGUCCAACUACCUCCUCACUCUCCUCUCCAUCUGGUGGCCUGUUGGUCAGUUGAUCUCUUCUCUGCUCGCCUGGGCUUACAUUCCCAACUUCUCCUGCGCUGCCGGUGCUGCCGUCUGCACCAAGGCCGACAACUGGGGCUGGCGUUACUUCAUCCUGACUCUCGGAGCUCUUACCUUCUGCAUGUUCAUCGUCAGAUUCUUCCUCUUCAACCUGUUCGAGUCUCCCAAGUUCUUGCUUUCUCGUGGUCGUCAAGCCGAGGCUGUUCACGUCGUUCAGGGAAUUGCUGCUCACAACAAGACCACUACUUGGUUGACCGAGGAGAUUCUAAACCAGAUUGGCGGUGACCCCGAUGUCACCGAGGACGCCAAGCUCAGCACUGUCGACAUCAUCAAGCGUGCUGCCGGCAAGUUCUCUACCCAGCGUAUUGGUCCUCUCUUCCACGGCUGGAAGCUUGCUUGCACUACCUGCCUUAUCUGGUUCGCCUGGGCCACUAUCGGUAUGGGUUACCCUCUCUUCAACGCCUUCCUGCCCCAGUACCUUGCCAACAACGGCGGCGGCGGUACCAACUCUGUCUCGGAGACCUACCGCAACUACGCCAUCACCUCGAUCGUCGGUGUUCCCGGAUCCUUCCUUGGCUGCUACACUGUCAACCUGAAGUACAUUGGUCGCAAGGGAACGAUGGCCAUCGCAACCGCCAUCUCGGGCAUGUUCCUGUUCCUCUUCACCACCAGCACCAACUCUGGCACUCAACUCGCAUUCUCCUCUCUUGAGGCCUUCUUCCAGAACAUCAUGUACGGUGUCCUCUACGCCUACACACCCGAGGUCUUCCCCGCCCCCAACCGUGGUACCGGUACUGGUAUUUCCAGCUUCUUCAACCGUCUCGCUGGUCUUUGCGCACCCAUUGUUGCUGUCAAUGCAGCUGGUGCUAACCCCAAUGCACCUAUCUACGCAUCGGGUGGUUUGUUCUUUGCUGCCUUCAUCGCCAUUGUCUUGCUACCAAUUGAGACAAGAGGCAAGGCUACUUUGUAA